AUGAAUGCGUCACCGAGCGGAAUUGUUUGUCGUUCACGUCAGAGUAUAUGGCCAGCUGUAUCGGUGGAAGAAGCAAUGGCCAUGAUAGAAGAACACGCUCCAUUGACAAAUAGAACACGUACAGUCCUCAUUACAGAUGUAAAAACAGGAGAUGUUCUGGCGGAAGAUGUGAUUGCGACAAAAGCACAUCCUGAGAUACGUACAUCUAUUAAAGAUGGAUAUGCUGUUGUGGCAUCAGAUGGCACAGGUAUUCGAAAGGUCGUGACUGGAACAACCGCUGGUGUUUUGGCUUCCGAUAUUCUCCAGCCAGGCACUAUCUGUCGUGUAAAUACAGGUUCCAUGGUACCAGAUAAUGCGGAUGCGGUAGUACAAGUUGAAAAUACUCGUAUUGUGGAGCAUAAUCACAUUGAAGAAAUUAGGGUAGAGAUUUUGGAUGAACCGAAGAUUGGACAAGAUAUCAGGGAAAUUGGCUGUGAUAUCAAAUUGGGUGAAAUCUUACUUUCUAAAGGAUGUGUAAUAAGUGCAGCUGAAAUUGGCAUUUUAGCAGCAUCAGAAAGAAAUUUCGUAAAAAUAUAUCGGAAACCCAAAGUGGCAGUUAUUUCGACAGGUCAUGAAGUAGUGGACAGCAGAUCAAAUGAUUGUCCAUUAGGAUCAAUACGGGACACAAAUCGUCCACAACUUAUUGCUUUGCUAAAAGAAAAUAAUUUCAAGAAUGUGGAUAUUGGCAUCUUACCAGAUAAGUUAGAAAAAUUAGAAGAGGGACUGAAGGCAGCACUAAUGUUGUGCGACGUUGUUGUUUGUUCCGGUGGCGUUUCUAUGGGUGAAAAGGAUUAUCUCAAAGAUGUGCUACAAAAGGGAUUAAAUUUCACGAUCAAAUUCGGUAGAGUAAUGAUGAAACCUGGUUUGCCAACUACUUUUGCGCAUGGAAAAUGGAAUAACAGGGAAAAAAUUAUUUUUGCUCUACCCGGAAAUCCCGUAUCAGCAUGGGUUACUGCGCAACUGUUCCUAUUACCUACACUGAAAAAGAUGGCAGGAUGGGAACAAUAUCAGCAUACGGUUAUUAGCGUUCGGCUAAGUGAAGCAAUAAAACUGGAUCCUCGGCCGGAAUAUCGACGAGCUUGUCUACUACCUGAUCCAGAAAACAUACCACGAGCAAUUUGCCUGGAGAAAGAGCAAAUGAGCUCACGACUACUAUCAGUUCGAGGUGCUAAUUUGUUGCUAAAAUUACCCUCCUGCACAAAUACUAAAUCGACGGUGCAGAAGGAUGAAGUUGUGAAUGCGUUAGUGAUCAGUCGAUUGUAA